GGUAAAUAAGGCAAAAUAUGUAUUCGACACAAUGCCCCUAAGUAGAGAGUCACUUGAUGUUCAAAGUUACAACAUCAUGAUUAAUGGCUUGUGCAAAAGUAAAAUGGUCGAUGAAGCCUUGAAUCUCUUUGAAGAAAUGCGUCGUAGGUAUUUGGUUCCAAAUACGGUAACUUACACCACUAUUAUUGAUGGCUUGAGCAAAUCAAAGAGGAUCUGUUGUGCUGUGGAGCUUUUUGAAAAGAUGCUUGAUAGAGGUCAACCUGCUGACAUAGUCACUUACACUUCCUUGUUGGAUGGGAUGUUCAAUACCAAACAACUUGACAAGGCACUUAUAUUGUUCAAUCGAAUGAAAGAGAGUUGCAUUGAUCCAGAUAUAUAUGCAUACACCGUACUUAUAGAUGGCCUGUGCAAAAGUGGAAGACUUAAAAAUGCAAAAGAGAUUUUUCAAGAUCUUUCCAUUAAAGGCUAUCGUCCAGACAUGAGGACAUACACUAUUAUGAUAAAUGGGCUUUGCAAAGAGGGCCUACUUCAUGAAGCAUUGGCUUUCUUGUCAAAAAUGGAAGACAAUGGCUGCUUACCAAAUGCUGUGACUUAUGAAAUAAUCAUUCGUGCUCUGUUUGAAAGAGGUGAAAAUGAUAACGCGGAGAAACUUCUUCGUGAAAUGAUAUCUAGAGGCCUAUUGCAAGGAUAAAAGUUGGUGGAAAUAGAAAAUAACUAGUUUACAAGGGCAAGCAGUAGCAGAAAGCCAUUGGAUUUUAUUCAGAUGCCAUUAAACUAAGCAGCAAGAAUGCAACAUACUACAGUAAUAGGGCCCAAGCAUCUAAGUCUUUAUGUAUUAGAAAGCAUCUAAGUCUAGUAGGUAGAUACUGAAUAUUACUAGCUUAGACUAUACAAGAUGUGGAUAUUACGUUUAUCAUAUUGGAUUGAAAAUUUGAAAUAUGAGAUAUGCAGCUGAGCGAUGUUAAGGUAGUUCGAGGCAGGUGUUGUGCAGCUGUUUGUGUAAGAUCAAGCUUUGUACUUUUAGUUUUGUUCCAUUUAUAUCUUUGUACCCUUUAUUGCUGAGAUUGUUAAUUUGUUGUUGUUAGGUCUAUUGUGUUUCUGCAACGGCUUUGAUUGGUUCUUGUAAUGCUUUUUCACUUAUCUCGAUGGCUUAUUAGGCGAAAUGCUCUCUCUUUUUUUUGGGGAGGUAUAAAAGAAUUAUGCUGGAACCAA